GGGUGUUUUAUUUUAUUUUUUUCCCCCCCUUCCCCUCCCCUCCCUCUCCCUGCCGUGUGCCGGGGGGUGGUGGGAUCGGUAGGGUCGCAAUUUCCCAGGCUCUCCGGAGAAAACUCGGGCAAGGGAGAGCUCCUUCUCGCUCAUGGAUGCGUGGGGGGGCCCCGCGCCCCGCUGGAUCUGCCGCCGCGGGGCCCGGCUGCUGCUGCUGCUGCUGACCGUGCGCCUGGGGAGCGGAGCUGAUAAAGCAGAUGAUGAGGAUGAUGAAGAUCUAAUGGUGAAUAAAACAUGGGUCCUUGCACCAAAGAUUCAUGGUGGUGAUGUAACUCACAUACUGGACUCCUUACUUCAAGGAUAUGACAAUAAGCUUCGGCCAGAUAUUGGGGUGAGAACUACGGUGAUUGAAACAGAUGUCUAUGUUAACAGCAUCGGUCCAGUUGACCCAAUCAAUAUGGAAUACACUAUAGAUAUAAUUUUUGCCCAGACUUGGUAUGACAGUCGUCUAAAAUUUAACAGCUCAAUGAAGGUGCUUAUGCUUAAUAGCAAUAUGGUUGGAAAAAUCUGGAUUCCAGACACUUUCUUCCGGAACUCAAGGAAAUCUGAUGCUCACUGGAUUACAACUCCAAACCGUUUGCUUCGAAUCUGGAGCGAUGGAAGAGUAUUGUACACUCUAAGGUUGACAAUUAAUGCUGAAUGUUAUCUUCAACUUCAUAAUUUUCCUAUGGAUGAACACUCUUGUCCUCUGGAGUUUUCAAGCUAUGGAUAUCCCAGGAAUGAAAUUGAAUACAAAUGGAAGAAAACCUCUGUUGAAGUGGCAGAUCCAAAAUACUGGAGGUUGUAUCAGUUUGCAUUUGUAGGGCUACGAAAUACAACUGAAAUUUCUCAUACCUUGUCUGGUGAUUAUAUUAUUAUGACAAUAUUCUUUGAUCUCAGCAGACGUAUGGGAUAUUUUACUAUUCAGACAUACAUUCCUUGUAUACUCACAGUUGUUCUUUCAUGGGUGUCAUUUUGGAUCAAUAAGGAUGCAGUUCCUGCACGGACUUCUCUGGGGAUCACGACAGUACUGACCAUGACAACGCUGAGUACAAUUGCUAGGAAGUCACUCCCAAAGGUUUCCUAUGUGACAGCAAUGGACCUUUUUGUUUCAGUUUGCUUUAUUUUUGUGUUUGCUGCCUUGAUGGAAUAUGGCACCUUACAUUACUUUACCAGCAACAGAAAAGGGGUCAAAGGAAAGGAAAAGAAGGCAAAAUCUAAGCCAUCAAAACCACCUGCAAUUGCUGUUCGACCUGGAUCAACACUAAUUCCAAUGAAUAGCAUUAAUCAUCUCCCUGAACGUGAUGAUGAUUAUGGAUAUGAGUGCCUAGAAGGAAAAGACUGUGCCAGUUUCUUCUGUUGUUUUGAAGACUGCCGCACAGGAUCUUGGCGAGAAGGAAGAAUACACAUCCGGAUAGCAAAAAUUGACUCCUAUUCUCGAAUCUUCUUUCCAACUGCCUUUGCAUUGUUCAACCUUGUUUACUGGAUUGGAUAUCUUUAUCUGUAA